AUUCCCAUUUUAAUCAACUACCCUUCUCCCUUAUCCCUUGCCUUUUCUGUUCUUCUAUUCAACUACCCUUUAAAUUCUCCCAAAAAGCAGAUCAGACAUUCUGUUUUUAUCCUAGAUGUUUUGCAAGAAUUUUGCACAACACAUCCACAGACACUAAUAUUCACACACACUCACACACUACACACACGAUAUUUUCCAUAAAUAUCCAAAAAUAUUGUCAUCGUCUUCGAAAUAUCUCCAGAAACCCUAAUUAUGGCUGAUGAUCCGAUGCAGAAGGCCGAAGCCUCCGACGAUGCCGCGUCGAUAAGCUCCAGAGGGGAAGUAUUAGAUUUGGUAGCAGCUGAUGAAAAUCACAGCAGUGAAGAAGCCAAGAAGCUUGAGUUUUCUGAAGAUGAGGAAACCCUAAUAAUUAGGAUGUACAAUUUGGUUGGAGACAGGUGGUCUCUGAUAGCCGGAAGAAUUCCUGGAAGAAGUGCUGAGGAAAUUGAGAAGUACUGGAAUUCCAGACAUUCUACUGAUCAAACAACUGAUUAAAUAUUUGGUAUAUAUCUUGAAUUUUAAUUAUAUCAAGUGACCAAAUUAUAGUCUAGGAUUUUUAUCACAUUAAUUAGUGGACUGUGAUCUUUAAUUAUGUUAGUGGACUAUAAUAUUUGAGUUGUCUUUUUAUAGUCUACAUAUAUGCGACCAAAACAUGUUUAGGUCGUUUGAUGCAUGUGAAGUUACUCAUUUAUCUCAUAUGUAUUAACUUUUUCUAUGAAUGAGACAUGGCUUGUUGCAUGUCGUUUGAUCUA